AAAAAACGAAACCCUAGCCGCCUCUCUUAUCACCUCGCCUCUCUCUCUUCUCGUUUCCUCCAGAGUAAACCGAAAACCCCAAAAAAACGAAGAACAAUCGCCCUCUCCCUCUCUCGAUUCUCUACUCUGUGCUCUCGGCUAGCUAAGGAGUCCGCUCGUUUCGUACUAAAUCAACCGAGAGGGUUUCGAUCCAGGCUUGGUUUUGGACGAGGGAAAAGAAGCAGUGAAGAGAUCGCCGGACCGAGAAGGGAAUCUUUGGCGGCUUAGAUCCCUGUCGGCACAAUUCCGCCGGCGAUGAGUUGACAACGGCGGCAACUGGUUUUGGAUUUGACAAGUUUGGGUAAGGUUUCUAAACUCAGUCUAGUGUGAUUUUGGAACUUGAACAAAAAAAACGGGUUGAAUCUGAUUCCAGAUCUGGGUUUUCAAUAAAAAUGGUUAUGUAUGAGUUCGAUAAUUUUGGUGUUUCUGGGAUGGAUUUAGAUGCAAAUCUU